AUGAACAACAAGGAUGCUCUCGACAACAUCCGUCGAAAGGCCCCUGCGCCGCGAAAACCAAACCAAGCCACCGCCGAGGACUUUGCGCCGUCGCAACAGAUGGACAUGGUCAGCGGACAGCUCAUGGCCACGCAAGCCCAGCUGCACCAGCUCGAGGGCCGGUACAAUGAGCUCAACAUUCACCACUCAAUGCUCCUGCAGGAAGUCAUUGGCCUGCAAAAGACCGUCGUCAACCACGAGCAUGUCAUGCAGCAGAUCAUGACCUUUUUGCACGGCGUAGAUGCGACGCAGAGAAGGAACAGCAAGCUCGUCUUUUCCAAUGGCGCUGAGCCCCAGAACGGCAACAUGGACCCACCCUCAACCAACGACGACGACAACCCUGCCUCGCCCCUGCAGCACGCUUCCAAGCUUCUCAGCGAAACAAACGCCGAUGCCAUGUUGAAUCCUCGGAACCUCGAGCACAUGAACGAAAUCACCAUGCGAAUGAACGGUACCUUGACAACUCCACCACCAGACUUUUCUCGAGCCCAGGUGCGGCCCACCAGCCGCGGCCCGCCAUCGGCAACCUCGACAACCUCUAUGCGCCUCGACAACCUGGACAACCUCGUGUACCCCGUCGGAUCCUCCAACGGCAUAGACCCCAUGUACAGCGAACACAUCAACAACAUUCCCUACGCUGCCCCGCCGAAAGCAGUCGAGGCAAGCGAGCCCAAAAUGCCCGAAGGGAAAAAGAAGAAUGCUUUCCCUGACCCAGGCUGGAUUAGGCCACCGCAAAUCCUGCUUGUCGAGGACGAUCCCACAUGCCGUCGUAUCGGAAGCAAGUUCCUGUACGCUUUCCACUGCUCUAUCGAUAGCGCUCUGGAUGGUCUGGAAGCAGUCAAUAAGAUGAAUGCUGGCUCCAAAUACGACUUGGUUUUGAUGGACAUCAUUAUGCCAAACCUUGAUGGUGUUUCUGCAUGCCACUUGAUCCGCCAAUUCGACACCACACCCAUUGUCGCCAUGACUUCCAAUAUCCGCAGUGACGACAUUUCAAUGUACUUCCAGCAUGGCAUGAACGAUGUUCUUCCCAAGCCAUUCACCAAGGAAGGCUUGCUGCAUAUGCUAGAAAAGCACCUUGUCCAUCUGAAAAAGCCCACAGCCCAAGCCGACGGGUCCAUGGUGGCGCCUCAGCCUGUGCAAAUAGCCCGUCAAUUGGUGCUCAAGGAAGAAGAAUCGCCUGGGAAGUCACCACAGACCGUCAGCAACUGGAAUUCGCCUAACCAAAUACCGGGUGUAUCUCCAGUGGGUGGUGCAGUCCCGGAUGACUUUGCACAGGCCAUGCGAGGCCAGCCAGUGCAACACCCUACUUCAUAUGCAGUGAAUCCCAUGCAAGGCAAUAUGGGAUACACUACUUCGCCUCAUUUGCAGAUGACACCACAACAGCAACAACAGGCACAGCAACAGGCACAGCAACAAGCUCAGCAACAAGCUCAGCAACAAGCUCAGCAGCAAGCUCAGCAGCAAGCUCAACAGCAAGCUCAACAACAGCAACAGCAACAGCAGUUACAAAGCGGUCAUCGCAGACAGGUCUCUGAGAUGACUGGCGGCGAUGACUUGAACAACCCCUCAAAGCGCCAGCAAAUGUAUCCUCCUCAGAUCCCACAACAAAUGGGAUCUAUGCAACCGCGAUCACAUUGA